AUGGCUUCCCUAAAAAGUGUGCGGGAGAAAAUCCCCAACGCGCUAAACCUCUACUCCGACUUCAUCCUCAAAAACCAAUCUUCCGUUACUCAAAUCGAAUCUGCCCUACGCUCUCUAACCUAUAUAAUACCUGGUCGUUUUCGCGAUGCCGAACUCGCAUCGGAAUCUCUACAUUCUUCUAUUCAGCUCCUCUCGCUUUACCAUGAUACCCUCCUCUCUCGAGCCUUAUCUAAACUCCCUGGGAUGCCCAGACAAAAUGCGCAUAAUCGAUAUACCAAAUAUUGGGUCAAGGGUAACGGGAUGUAUAGAAGGAUAGCUAUGUUGUUGAGCAUGAUACAGUAUACUGAAUUAUUAUGGGAGAUGAUGGCAAAGAGAAAAGGAGAGAAGAUGAGAUGGAGAGUGGUAGUUUUUCUAGAAUUCAUCAAGGCGGUUUGUAAACUGCUUCUUUUAAGGAUUACCAAAGGACGACCACUUGUCACACCACCUCUUCCCGAACGUGAUAUCAUACCCGAGGAAUCACCUGCAGAAACCGAUGAAAUGCCCCCCUGGCUCGAUACCAAUGAUUCGGUAGCCAUGCGAGAAGAAGAAAAACUCCGAAAGAGCCGCGAGACCAAAGAAUACAAGUUGAAGAGAACGGGAUUGACACUUCCAAAUCUACCAAACCCAAGCGAUAUCUCAAACUAUCUUCUUUCGAAAGUCCUCGUUGCGGAUGAUAUCAAAGCGCCAAUCUCGCUUCUUAACCCCCUUACUCUUCCCUCUCAAUAUGCAGAAUAUAUGCAUAUCCUCCAGCCCGUCAUUUACGCCAUUGCUCUCGCCCAUUUCCGCAAGAACCCUAAGUCAUGGAAACCUUGGGCUAUAGGACUCAGUAUCGAAUAUGCUGCACGUCAACUCCGCAGCGAGAAUUACAGAACUACUCCUUUAGAAAAAGAGCAAUGGAAUAAGAGGGGAUGGGCAAUGGGAUGGUGGGCAUUACGAGGUGCAUUUUAUGAGAAUGUUACAAAGGGAUGGUUACAUAGGACGAGCAACCGUUUGCCAAGUAUGAUUGGAGGUGUCGUGGAAGAUUAUUUGUGGUUGUGGGAUGAAUAUUAUUUCAGUACGAGUCAGGAUUAG